CGACCAUCCUCCGUCUCGCCUUCCCCUGCUCGUACUCGCUAGUGACCAGAUCACAGCCUUCUUCGACCCUUAUACCCCUGAUCUAUCAUUCAGCUUUUCAAGGUGGCUACCUGUCCCGUAUCCGGUAGAGCUGGCGGAUCCUGUCCCGCCUCGUCAUCAAACAAGCAGAUGGUCGCACCACUGAAGCCAUGGGAGAGGGCCGGCGCGGCCGGUACAUCCGCAACCUCGACAUCCGUGGCUCCUUCGACGUCAGCAGCAUUGAAUAGUUCUCCGGCCGAUUUCUCAAGCGCUUCACAAACUGCAGCUGUCCCAGCUGUGCCAGAGCGGCCUUCUACAUUGGGCGGAGUCGGUGCAGCAGAUCCAUAUGGAGCGACAACGACCUACGGCCGGACGGGAGGCAUGACCGGCUAUGGUGGAGCUGGCUACGGGACUUCAUUAGGCGCGGGUGGCUACUCGCCUUACUCGCGUAUGGGCGGGUAUGGAAGCUAUGGUAUGGGCGGCUACGGCGGCCUGGGAGGGCUCGGUGGAUAUGGAGCAGGGUAUGGCGCCGGUGGAUACGGCAUGGGCGGGUACGGUGGUAUGGGAGGCUACGGCAUGGGCGGUAUGGGCGGUAUGGGCAUGGGUGGCGGAAUGCCUGGGAUGGGUGGUCCAGGGGAUGCUUCCCUCACUCAAAGGAUGGAAUCUGGUACACAGGCCACCUUUGAGCUCAUCUCGAGCAUCGUCGGGGCUUUCGGAGGCUUCGCACAGAUGCUCGAAAGUACCUUCAUGGCUACGCACUCGAGCUUCUUCGCAAUGGUCGGAGUAGCGGAUCAAUUCGCUUCGCUAAGAAACUACCUAGGUCAGGUGCUAUCGAUCUUUGCGCUAGCAAGGUACCUCAAGAAUCUUCUCCUCCGACUAACAGGUCGCGCCCCCGCCAUCGACCUCAACGCAAAGGACUUCCAGGACUUUGCUACAGCGAAGGCAUCGGGUCAAGCAGCCGCCGCCAAGCCCAGCAAGAGGCCUCUCGUAGUCUUUUUCCUAGCCGUGGUCGGUCUGCCAUAUCUGAUGGGCAAGUUGGUACGACUCAUUACUGCCAGACAAGAGGCAGAGCGACUGCGCCUAGAAGCAGAGGGCCAAGGGCAAGCCCAGCCAGGUAUGGCAAUGUUGCCCGGCCAGCAGGGCGGGGGCAUGGUCCAGCCCGGAGAGGGAACAGCAGUAGACCCGAGCAAGCUUACCUUUGUGAGGGCGCUCUAUCCAUACACCUCGUCGGAUCCGCUGGAGCUCAGUCUCAAGCAGAACGACAUUGUAGCCAUUCUCAGCAAGGUAGACCCACAGACGGGGGCGGAGAGUGCCUGGUGGAGAGGGCGCACAAGAGACGGACGAGUUGGGUGGUUCCCAAGCACAUACGUCGAGUCGCUAGAGACGGCAAAGGAGCGAGCAUCGAAAGCAGCAGCAGCGGGGGCGGAGCCGGCGGCAGGAGCCAAAGAGCCGCCAAGCUCUGCAGCUACCUCGCUACCUGCAAGCACGGCUGCCAAGACAUGAUGAUGAUGAUGACGACGACCCUACUUUUUGUAAUGACAUGUUGCAUCUCACUUCCCGCCGGUGACGGUGACUAAACGACGGAUUCGGCGCCGAUUAUCCGUGGUGAAGCCGAGGUGGGUGAGAGCGAUUGCCGAUUCGAUCUGUACCGUCUUGACAGGUCGUUCCGCGUUCAGUGACAGGCACCCUGAUCAGGCGGUCCCCAUGAAUGAUUUGUCAGACAGAUGAAUUGCCCCCUAGACCCCUCUUCGGACGAAAAUCAUGCG